CGCGAGAGGUUCAACUCGGGCACGCCCUUUCUCCAUCGCCAGCUCCCGGACGAUUACAGGCCCGCGGGGUACAAGGCGCCGCCGAUGCCCUCCCCCCUGACGCAACAGACCCCGGAGCACGGCGGUGACGGCGACGGGACACCGGGAAGGGGAGGCGACACGCCGCGGUCCACACCCGGGGGUUCGAGCGACGGCGACGACGGCGACGGCUUAGAAUCGUCCCUCCUUUCAAACAAGUCGACGCAUUCGCGAUCGGACUCGACGCACUCGGGCGCCCCCACGGACCAUCGCGACGUCUUUGUCGGGACGACCAAGGAGCACCGAGGCGGGCGCGAGGUGGGAGGUCGGUCGCGCGGGGACGAACGGAGGAAGAGCGUGGACGGGAGCGGGUGCGCCGCGACGACAGCCGUGCCAUCGCCCGUCUCGCCAAACCCCAAGCGCACGCAUUCGUCGCGAUCGCCGUUCAAGACCCGGCCGGGGCAUCACCGCACGGAAUCCGCCCCUCCUCUCGCCGGGGGUUCCGUCGGUCCAACCGGUUGGGACGAGGACAACAGGGACGAUGCGAGAGGUAAUAAACUCGACGACGUGAGGGGUAAACUCUUAAGGGAGUCGCUCAAUCGGCCCGCGUCUCCCGGUUUGAAAGUGGGUCAGGGCGCGGUGAGCGGCGACGUCAUCGACGCCGGCCCACGCGCCAAGGCCGACCGACCCGUAACGGUCGAAACGGCCGGUUGUUCGCACCGAAAAACCGCGAGCGCGGCGUCGCUCGCGGACGACGACGCGUGCCCGAUUUGCUUCGAGGAGUACACGUCCGAUAACCCCAAGACGCCGCUGGUGUGCGGACAUCACUUCCACCUCGGAUGCGUGUUCGACUGGUACGAGCGGAGCGAGCUGUGCCCGGUGUGCGAGGAGCCCCUGGCGGACGUAGGGGGCGUCCUCGUGGCGGCGACCGCGGAUGAUGACUAACGCUCGACGCUUAAACAGAGAAGCCGGCACCCCGUGGCGAGUAGCGACGCGCACUUAGAUUUUACUUAGCGAAUGUACGUAUUACGGCCGUAAACG